UAAAAGAUAGACUUUAUUAAUAUGAAGUAAAAUGUAAAAUUUAGGUUAAUUGCAAGUCAUUUCCACCUAUUUACUUCAUCUUUUAUCUUAUCAUGGCUUUAACCAAUGUCAUGUGACUUUUUGAACGUGACCGAUUUGACAGUUCAGUUUGUUCCCCACAUAAAAGAUCCCAUUUCAGCAUGUGAAGUGAAGUCUAAUGAUUGCCAUUUCAAACUAGUUUAAUAUCAAUUAGAUUUCAAUCUUGAUCAUAUCAAAGUGGCCUUAAAAGUCAAUUCAAUCAAAUGGUAGAUAUCAACGUCGAUGGCAAAGUUGCCUUAAUAACUGGUGGUACUAGAGGGUUAGGCUACCAUAUUGCUGAAUCAUUUGUUUUAAACGGUGCCAGUCAAAUCAUUAUAACUUCAAGAAAGCAAGAUGCUUGCAAUAAGGCUAAAAGUGAACUUGAAUCUCUUGCUCAGAAAAAUGGUAAAACAGUUGAUGUUAUUGCUAUAGCUUGUAAUAUAGCUGAUGAAAAGGAUUUAGAAAGAUUCUUUUCUGAGAUUAGUUCUAAAAUUUCAAAAUUAGAUAUCUUAAUUGCUAAUGCUGGUGCAGCUUAUGGAGAAACAUUUUAUAAGCAUCCUAUAUCAGCCGUAAAGAAAGUUUUAGAUUUAAAUGUGGUUGGAGUUUUCCAUUGUGUCAAGUUAUUUGCUCCAUUACUUGAACAGUCGGGUAAUUAUCAAGAUCCAUCAAGAAUUGUCAUUGUCUCAUCGGUUGCUGCUUCAGUUGCUACUGAUUUCGGAGGUACGUAUGGUUAUUUAGCAUCUAAAGCUGCUGUUUCUCAUUUAGGUAAGAACUUUGCUUAUCAAUUUGGUCGUCGUAAUAUCAAUGUUAAUGUGAUUGCUCCUGGUAUUUUCCCUACUAAAAUGUCAAAAUCAUUGGUGACUAAUAAUAGCGAAGAAUUAACUAGUGGUAAUCCUCUUGGAAGGUAUGGGAAAAUGUCAGACAUACAAAAUUCUGUUCUUUUUCUUUGUUGUAAACAAUCAAACUAUAUCACUGGGAUUAGUUUACCUAUUGAUGGUGGAUUAUAUUUAGUAGGUACCCAAAGUUUAUCCAAAUUUUGAAUAUUUUUAUAUGUUUAU